AUGCCUUCGAGAGAAAUCAAAGGUCGCUUCGCAUACCUUACGCCUGAAUCAGCUAUCCAAUACGAUCCGAGUAUCGUACAUGUCAAGUCAAACGUUGAGCUUAGGAACGGACAGGUACCCGAACAGGUCUUAUGUUUAGCGCAGCCUAUACAGCCUAUGGACUUGAGCUGCGUAAAGUGUGGCAGAGCUGAUCAUGUGGAGUACAACUGUUCUGCUGCGGUUCCUGUCCUCGAGAACCCAUACCGUGCCAGACACGUUGAGGCCUGGCUUCGAGCUGGCGACCCCGCCAACCAAACCAAGCCGCCACAUUCGGACCACGCUGAACUGGUGCCCAGUUUGUAUACGGAAUCAGAAGCAACGAUAGAGUGCGAUGAAUUAGCUGACUCUCCUAUUGGCGAUCAGCUCAACACACCUGACGGCAGAUACCUCUAUGGUAUCACCGAGCGACUCAUUGCCCAGCAGAACAAAGGUUCAAACAAGCCAGAGCCACACGGACGACCAGAAGUUUGGGCCGAUGGACGGCAAGAGAUUUGCGAGACGUUACAUUACUAUCGCGCAUACCAAAGCGCCUGCUACUCAACUGGCGGUUUUGCGAGAGGCUUCAUGUUCGACAAGGUUGCCCAUGCUCGCGACUAUGUGGAUAGUAAUGUCGUCAUUUCACGAGCAGGUGGUGGUCUCGCGAAGGACAUUGACUCCGGUGAGAUGAACUCAAAGAAGGACCAGUCUGAAGACUCAACUGCGUUAAGCUUGAGGAACUGCAUGCUUCAUCACAACCCAGUCGUCAUCAUCACCGGAGUCGACAACCCCAACAUCCCGUCAAAGCCACCGCAUCAGUACUGUGUCCUGGAUUAUUUCAAGCCCACACAUAUCUGGGCUGAGAAGAGUGGCAACAGCAAGAUUGUGCGAUACCGGUUUGAGAAGUUGAACACCAAGAAAGAGUCCUGGUGGAAGGAGAAGGAUUCACAGGAAGCUCUAGAGCUUGGCUCGCUGCCACCCCCAGUCGAGAAGAUAUGCGGAAGCUGCAAUGUGAAGUCUCAACAGGUAUACCUAAAUGGGUGGAUGUGUCUACAACCGACUUGCGCCGCCUUUUGGAAGAUCCUCAUGCCAACACCGGGACCCAGAUUGAGUAUAUCAGCUCAAGAGCCUAAGGAAGCAUCUUUGGUCUAUGACCCACACUUCCUCAAGCAGAAGACGCCUUGGCACAACGACGACCACGAUUACCCUCUGGUCUCCAACUCUGCUGAGCUUUCCGGUCACUCAAUUCCAGGUGAGAACACAUCGGUCGCAUUCUGGUCUGGUAUGGUAUGCCCCAGUUGUGGACGCUGCACGUCCCGUUUGAACUGGACACAUUGGGAGUGUUCCAAUGCAGCAUGCCAAUAUACGAGGACGCCUCUGCAUACGCUCAUCUCUGCGCUAUCGCUCCGCGACCCAUUAUGGCCCGUCACCAGCAGCUACACGCUGUCCAGAGACACAAUGGCACCCCUAUUUGGACUGAAAGUAUCCUUUGAGCAUGGAUACCGCAUCAAUCGUUAUGAUUUACCCGGAGUCAAUGGGUUUAUCACGCACAUGGUCGCCAACAAGACAGUGCUUGAGGAAGAAGGUGGACCAGACGCGAUGUUCGAGGAGCUCCAACAGACAGACAUUGGACUGCAGCGACGCUCUAUGCCGAACGGUCAGCUCAAAGGACCGAACUACUGUCGCCACUUCGCAGUCAACUACGGCAUGCCGUACAAGUUCAUCGCAGCGACAGCAUCUCGCUCCUUUGAUGGAGCCGCUCGUCCGAUAAUCAGCACACGCAGUCGACUUAAUUGGGCAGCUAAACUACUCCUAGCACAAGAGACGGGCAAUAGCAUGGUAAAAGUCGACCAAGAAUGGCAGAAGAAGGCGUUCAACGAAGUUCUAGCCCUUGGCUACUUUGAAGAACAAAAGAUCAACUACCACGAUGACGGCGAAUUCGGCCUCGGUCCAACUAUCGCAACGUUAAGUUUGGGUGCGCCGGGCACUAUGCGGAUCCGCAUGAAAGCCCGUCACUACCACGGCGUGUCUUCUGUUGCCGGUCUGUACGAUGACGCCGCCCCAAUUCCCGGUUGCGAACAUUACGAAGCUCGCCUCGCCCUCCAACCAUCUCUUGACGCGCUCAAGACAUCAGACUCCAAGGCGUACAACGCAAGGAGGAAGCAGAUCCCUAUAUCAAUUGAAAUUAAGCAACCGAGGCAAUGCGAGGGAUGCGCUGACGAUGCAGCUUGGACACGGCGAUGUUGUUAUUAUGCACGGUGCAGAUGUACAGAAGUACUAUGA